UGGCUGGUCGUCGACACGGACGAGGUGGCCAUGGCGAUGCUUCCAUGGAGCGACCAGUGAUUCGACGAGGUCGUAAGAGGUUUCGUCGGCAGCAGGAUGGGCAUCGAGCUUAUGUUCAUUGGCGCGAUGAAUCUGAUUGUGGGUCUUCAGAUUUUGAUUGCCACAAUGAAUUCAGUUCAUCAAGUGAUGAUACAGAAGUUUUUGUCCACCCAAGGAGGAAGAGAAUUUUAGAUGAUGCACUUUUUGAGUUUUUCAGCAAGGAGGCUAUUAAAUCUCUUAAAAGAGAUUUCUCAAAGUUCUGUAGGUCUUCCAAUGUAUGGAAAGAGAAUAAAAGAGUAAAGAAAUCUGGGAUUGACAAGUCAUCCUUCACUGUUUAUUCAACCAAGUAUUUUUUCGAAGUGUUGCGCCGCCUUACUGAUGCUCAGAAGUCUGUUAUUGAGAAGUUUGGUUUCCAUUGUUUACUUGUUUUUGGCAAGAUCGGCAUUCCAUCACCUUUUAUCCGGUGGCUCUCUUCAUGUGUCGAUGCUCUCUCUUCGCAAAUCAUUGUUGAUGACAAGAUAUUAAAUGUUUCAAAAGAUUCUUUUCAUUUUGUUCUUGGUUUGCCAAAUUCUGGAGCUGAGUUGGUCGAUGACAGUGAUGGUGGAUUGGACUUCAUUUUGUCUUUAUUCAAUUUAUCAGAUGCCCCGCACAUUACGUUCUUUGGUGACAGGCUAAGAUCUAGCGAACCGCUAUCUGAUCAAGAGAUUUUUGUUUGUUUCAUGCAAAUUGCUAUUUCUUGCUUCCUUUGCCCAUAUGCCAGUGAUUGUUUAGACACCAGAUACAUAAGGCAGCUGGGUGAUUGUGAACAAGCAAGGAAUUUUGAUGUUUGUCAUAUAGUUUACAAGCAUCUUAUUCAUGGAAUUACAAAAACUUUGAAGUUUGCAAAAUCAAAUGGGAGAAAACCUAAGGCAUUUGAGUUCUGUUCGUAUGGACUUGCAGUGUAUUAUCUAGAUGCCCUUGAUUUUGGUGUUCACAUUGCUGGCAGUGGAGUUCCAAGAGCUGUUUCGUGGCGGGGCGACAUGAUAAUUGAAUUCUCUGAAUUGGAUCGUAGAAGCCGUACAUUGUUUGGUAGGCGGCGGCUGAGACAAGAUCUUCCAAGAUGCUACUUAAACAAACCAAACGUGAGUAACACAAACACAGUGCAUUGUGGUACCCACUUUGAUGCAAUGUCGGAGGAACAAAAGCAGGCCUUGCAUGAAGAGUUUGGCUUUAAAUUGUCUGGGAAGACUAUAGAUGGCAUCAUUGAUAUUGCUCAGUCUCUGAAUUCUUCUAAGUUGGGCAACAACAACUUGUUGCAGAGAGUAGCUCAUAGUGUUCUUCUUUAUUUGUCAAACUCACGUCCUUGGUACAUUAGCAGCAAUACCGUUCCGACAGAUACACAUGUUGCCUUUGUAUCCAAUGCUUUUGCUAAAAAUCAGAACAUGACAGCCCCAGUCAUGCAGCCUCUACUUAAGGUCAAGUCUAGAUUGGCCCUUCACUUGCCUGAAAACGGUUCACCUGGAUUCUGUCAAACUGACCUUAUAUCUCCUAUUGGUCGUAUGAGUUUGUCGCCUUCUUGUGUUGGCAAGGAAGGAACCAAUGUAGCAGAGGUACCUGUUGGUGAUAAUGUCUUACCAAAAACUUUGAAAGGAAGCAAGAAAGCUCCAAUCACUAUUGGUGACACAACUCCAAAGGCUACUUUGAUUGAGGACUCUCCCGAAGUUACUAUCACUAAAUCAUUCUCUUUCAAAGACCAUCAAAAGAAACUUGCUGUGGAUGUUGAUUCAGUUUACAAUAGCAAAGUACAUCAGAAAUCUAGCACUUUUUGUAAAUCAAAAGAAAUGCCAGGAGCAACAUUUAAAGCUGAGCCAGAAGUCGUUGAGUUAGAGAAUGUUGAUAGUAUCAUUAAGGAGCAGAAAAGUGCAGUCAGUCGUCUAAUUAUCCUGCAGCCUAAGAACACCCUUGUUUUUCCUUUAGCACACAAUCCACGCUUUCCUGUAUCAGAUGAUGACAUUAUGCAUUUCAGUGCAAUUGUUGAAUUGGCAUACACCAACCAGAUUCAGAGGAACUAUGCUCUUGUGUAUCAUGGUGUUCAUUGCAGCUAUGUUUCUCUUGGUCAAACUCUUAUGCCUGAUGGUCACAUAGAUAACUUCAUAAUCCCUUGCUUCUGCCGUAAACUGUUUGAAGAUAAUCAUCCUUCAAAGUCUGGAAGGCAUUACUUCUUUUCAUACAUUGGUGAAAGUAUUCUUCAGUUGUCUAAUCAAAUGCACGAGAGCCUUGUUCGGACCUCAUUUCUUGGUGCUGCUAGUGCAAGCAAGGGGAAAAGGCUAGAUUUCUCUGAUAGGUUAUUUUUUCCUAUAUGUCAUGAGGAUCAUUGGUUUUCUUUUGUGGUUGACUUCAAGUGGAAGCUGUUUGCUUUUCUUGACUCUUUCUAUGGUCCAAAAUCUGAAUAUCAGUGUGCUGUCCGUGGCCCCUUAAUUGAUAAUUUCAUUAUUCUGUGGAAUAAGAUUUUUGACACUGAUGUUCCUAAUUUCAAGAGUUUCCAAGUUAUGACACCUAACAUGCCUCGCCAGAAAAAUGCUCAUGAUUGUGGUGUCUUUCAAAUGAAGUCUCUGGAAGUUUUUGAUCCUACCAAGAGCUUGCUUAAGGAAUUCAGCUGUAAUGAUAUUAAUCAUCUCCGUAUUCAGUAUGCAAAUCGUCUUUUCUUCCACAGCGGUAACAAAGCUGAUCAGAGCUUAGUUACAAAUUUCUAUGUUAAGGAGGAUUUUGUGCGACAGCUCCAUUGAUGCAUUACUUUGGAGUUCUAAGUGUUCACUUCUGCAAGAUUGGCAUGCACCUUUUUUCAUGCAAUGCUUGGUUGACGCGCCGCCCAGUUCCUUUUGCAAAGUAUCUCGAAAAUAGCUCUUUUCGAGGAUGAAAACCUUUGUAGACUGUUAUGUAGAUGAACAAACUUCAGUUUUCUGGAGCCUCAUCUUAUUUUGUCUAUAUCUCUUUUUGUUUUGUAUACACUAUAGCUAUAUGUUUUGCUCGAACAUGAGACUGUAACUACAAUACUCUUAUGUGUGUUUAGUUGCUUC